GAUUGUUGGUGACUUCAUUUUCCCGGAAAUACACGUCUGUCAUGUUUUGUAAAUAAGUACUGUUUACAUGUAUUUGCAGUCUUAUGGUAUUCUGUCUACAAAGGUAAAACUUGAAUUUGUUUAAACGGUUUAGGUGCUGGAGGAAUCCGGUGAUUCAUUAGUUUAGGAAGUUAAUUUAUUGGAUAUAAACUACAACCAGGCACAACACUCCACUGGUCAGUCUUCAGUACUUCAAAGUACCUCUAUUUAACUUCCAUAAUGUGGGAUGUUGAGAUCAGGGGCAUGGCAUCCUCUCAUGCCAUUAUUGCCUCCUCCGUCUUCAUGGCAACUGUGAUGCCUGCUGUGUUUUUGGAAAACUUCUCCGUUUAUGGGACCCACAUGGUUUGGCUGUAUUGUGUGGCUGGGUCUGUUGCUGUGGUCAACAUUGCAGUGUUUUGGCUUCUUGGCAUCAGCCCACCAACAAAGAAGAACACACUGAGCUUCAAGAUCAACAGAUUGUUCAGAUCCUGUCUGUACUUUCUACUGUCAUGCCUCUUUUUUCAUACUGUGGUGGUAAUGUACGGCGCACCUCUGCUUGAGUCUGCCCUGGAGACAUUUUCUCUGGCCGUGCUGCUGUCGACCCUCACUACAUUGAGAUGUCUCUGCAUACUGGGCCCUAAUGUACAGGCGUGGAUCCGGGUUUUCAGCAGAGAUGGGGCGAUGUCAGUGUGGGACACCUCUCUUCAGAUUACAACUGGCUGUAGUGUGAUUGGGGCCUGGCUGGGAGCUUUCCCUAUUCCUCUUGACUGGGACAGACCAUGGCAGGUUUGGCCCAUUUCCUGUACCCUCGGGGCAACUACUGGAUUUCUGACUGGCCUUGUCGCUGCCCCUGUCUGGAUCCACUGGCAUCGCAAACAGCUCACCUACAAGCUUAAGUGAGGAAACGAAGGACACAGGCCACCAGAAAAACGGACAGAGAAAAAGAACCAGGCUCGAGUCAAAAACGACUGUCCAUCCCAGUGCGUGCUCCAAAUCAAAGAAAUGACUCUGAGGUCACAUUUACAACAAUAAAACUUUUUUUUUUUUUUUUUUUUUUUUUUUUUUGAGAAUAGAUAUUUAAUUUGUUGUAUGCUCAUAAUGGCAGUAUAUUUAUUUGAGAAUUCCCCUCUUCCUUCUGUAAAUAAAACCAGUACUGACUUGAGACAUUUUGUAAAAAGCAACUGUUUUGCAACCCAAAUUAAGAUGCCGAGUUUCCCUUUUUGAAGUUGAAUAAAGUCUUACUUCUGUAAAUGA